AUAAAAGUGCAUCGAAUGCAACGAUCAUUACAUUCCGAUAUUCAUUUUUCCCAGUUACAGUAAGUCUGAGCUUUCAGUAUGAAACAGUUCGGUUCCAAUAAGUUACUCUUUGUUGUCAUGAUCGGUGUCUUCUUGCCUGUUUCAUUGGCGAUCGACUGCAAAGAAGUUUUUCAAAGGAAAGAAGAACUUGGUAAUUGCUGCACAGCGGCUUCGUUUAUCUCUUUACAAAACCUGAAAAGUGCCAUGGAUGCGCAGGAAGGAAACCCCCAUGAGAAAUUUUUCUGCGGAUCGCAAAGUAUUCUGCAAGAGCAGAACAUAAUGAACGGAGAUAAUAUCAACGUUGAUGCCGUGAAACAAAAAACCGAAGGCUUCGAUGACGGCUGGAAGCAAAAGUCUCUGCAGCUGAUCGAUGCUUGUGUCCAACAGGCGGAGGCUGCGGCUGCCGAAAUGGCACAACGCGGUAGCCCCAGCAGGCAAUGCCAGCCGAAAGCCGGUAUGUUCAUUUUCUGCGUGCGGAUGCAAACCAUUAGGAACUGUCCGGCUGAUAAGUGGAACUCAUCGGAUGUUUGUGAAAAAUUGAGGACCGGAGACUGUGACAAUGGACACUGAAACAAAAUCUGGACCAGACAAACCUAUGAAGAAGAGUUGCGUAAAAAUUUUUUGUUGUUAUUAUUUCAUGUGAAUAUUAUUAUAGAAUUAUUAUUUUCGAAAUAUAUGUCAUGUACUAUGAGGUUGC